CCGGGCUGCAUAGCUGAUGGAGAAAGGUUCCGGGAGAGGUUUAGUUCCGGGGUCUCCUCCGCACGAACCGCGGCCGCCGCCAGCGCCUCGGCCGCGGCAAUGAUCCCGAUCUCGGUGGUGGUGUGCGUGCUGGGGGGCUGGUGCGCCAUCUACCUGGCGGAUACGCUGCUCAAGUCAUCCAACUCUCUGAAGGCAUCUUAUGAAGACUGGCUGCUGACCUAUGGCUUGAGUGUCUCUCCUUUUCACAUGAGGUGGCAAACAGCUCUCUUCAACCGCCAGUUCUACAGCUGGGGGAGGUGGAAACCCAGAUUUCUUUAUUUAUGGUUCAGCAUUGGGAUGGUGUUUGGUAUAGUUGCUAUGUUUGGCUCUGUUAUUCUCCUUGGGAAGACACUUAUGCAGACCCUGACACAGAUGCUGACCGAGGCACCCAAAGCCCAGAACGAUCGCAUGCUGCAAGUUGUGGUGCCUGGUGUAAAUUUGCCUGUCAGCCAGCUGACCUAUUUCUUCUCUGCGAUCCUCAUCAGUGGUGUGAUACACGAAGUCGGCCAUGGGGUGGCAGCUAUUCGAGAACAAGUUCGGUUCAAUGGGUUUGGCAUCUUUAUUUUCAUUGUCUAUCCUGGAGCCUUUGUUGAUCUCUUCACAACUCACUUGCAACUGAUAUCUCCAGUCCAGCAAUUAAGGAUAUUUUGUGCAGGUGUGUGGCAUAAUUUUGUCCUUGGUGUUGUAAGCUUCCUGGGCUUGUUUCUGCUGCCAGCCAUCCUUUUCCCUUUCUAUUACACGGGUGCUGGGGCUCUUGUCACUGAGAUUGCAGAGGACUCUCCUGCCAAUGGACCAAGAGGUCUUUUUGUGGGAGAUAUUGUCACUGACCUGCAAGACUGCCCAGUUUACAGUGUGGAAGACUGGAAUUCCUGCCUGGGAGACAUCUCAGAGAAGUCUCAGAUUGGUUACUGUGCAAGUGCAGCCACUCUACAGCAAUUUACCUUUCCAGCCAGAGUCUACAGAAGACUCGAUGGCACAGUGGAAUGUUGUAGCAACAACAGCCUCACAGACAUCUGCUUUUCAUAUAGCAAUAACUUGGGCAACCACCUGCAUGCCUGCCUGCCAGCACGGAAGGUUAUUGAGGCCAGCAAAGUCUGUCGAGCCAACACGGACUGCCAGAAGCAUUCUGUGCCAAGCUUUUGUCUGACUCCUUCUUUAGAGAACCAAACAAGGCUGAUCAGGGUAAAACAUCCCCCUCAUAUUGACAUGCUGUACGUGGGACACCCUUUGCAUCUGCAGUACACAGUGAGUCUCAGCAGUUUUGUACCACGACAGAACUUCCUCAGCAUCGAUCUGCCUGUGGUGGUGGAGACAUUUUGCAAGUACCUAAUUUCCCUGUCAGGAGCACUGGCAGUCAUCAAUGCUGUACCCUGCUUCGCUCUGGAUGGUCAGUGGAUAUUGAAUUCAUUCCUGGAAGCCACUCUGAGCUCCCUGAUUGUAGAAAAACAGAACAGAGAGCUCGUGGGCUUCUUAAUUUUGCUUGCUGGCAGUGCACUUUUGGCUGCCAACCUUGCACUGGGACUUUGGAUGGUGACAGCACGAUAAGAACCUUGGAUGCACUUGCAUUAGUUCUCAGAGUACACAGAGAUAAUGAAUCCAUUGCCUUUUAAAGCAUGGUCCUGAGCUUUGAGAUCAUUCCCUGAAGGAACAAUCAGUGGUGGCAACUGGUUUGAUUUCAGUUUGUACAACCUUGUGCCUAUGGGCCAGAGCAGGCUGAAGUAAGAACCUUUUUUGUGCCCUCCUGAAGCACUGUACUGUGUUUGGAGACAGAGCCUAAGACUUCAUUCAUUUAGGUGACACAAUCAGGGAAUUAUUUGGCCUCAAACAUGUGUAAAGUGGAAGAGGGGAAAAAAAAACCCACUCAGGUUUUAUCUUCUAGUUGGAACAAUUGUCAGAAUUGACAGAACUGUUCUAGUGGGAGGUGUCAGGGAGUUGGAACUGGCUGAGCUUUGAGGUCUCUUCCAAUCUAAACCAUUCCAUGCUUAUGUAUAGGCUCUGAUCACUUCUUAAGUUGUAUUUUAUAAUUGGAAUAAUUGUCAGGAAAAUCCCUGUGGGCUCUGAUCAUUUCCUAGCCAGCACAGUUUUGAGUGGUUUGGGUUCUUGUUUUACCAAACUGGACUCUUAAGAAGCCCUAAAGGCUGAUCUCAAACUGGUGAAGCACUAAGCAAAUGCACAUAAAAGAAAUAGGUCUCCCAAACCUCCAAACAUUGCAGGUUUGAAGGAGGAGUGACCUAACUGUUUUGGGAAGGGAUGCUCCCUCCCUGGAGCUUCUCAAGGCCAGGUUGGAUGAAGCCUUGAGCAACCAAGUCUAGUUGAGAGAUGUCCCUGCCCAUAGCAGGGAGGUUGGAGCAGAUGAUCCCUAAAGUCCUUCCCAAGCUAAGCCAUUCCAUCAAUCUAUGAGAUGCUUUACCAUGUGCUAAUGAGGAGAAGGAUGCCACAUGGCUUAGGAUCUUCUCUUUUCAGCUGGCCCAAAUGACUGGCAGCACAUUGUCCUCAGGCUGGAGAUCAGAAGUGCCAAUGUCUGGUAAGAAGAGGGGACAAGGGAGGAUAACAGAGCCCAACCUCUGCUUUUCUUACAGUCAGCUGUCGUCAUACACAGCUGAAGACUUCUUUUAAGGCAAUAUUUGUCAGCAGGAGCUGCAAAAUAGCAGAUUUAAUUCCUGGGUGCUGAAGUAUGUUGUGGACAGUAAUAAACAAGUGAUCAGUGUGGUGGUUGACUCAGAAAAUAA